AUGGAGUCCUAUACAUUACUCGAUCAAAUUGAUGAAGAUGCGCUUCAUAAAUGGCGCCUUCUAAACGUCGAAGAGAAACCUUUUAAACGGAUCACGAAGCGGCUGCUAACUCCUAUCUCCUUCAUAUACGCUCCCUCUACAUUGUUUCCGACUCCCCCUCCCGAAGGCGCAGAUGAAGACGCAGCAGCAGCCAUAGCUGAAACGGACAAACAGAAGAAACUGGAAGACUGGCACCAAUUCCACGAAGACUUAACUCUCGAUUUUGCUGCUUUCGAAAGCAGCCUUGCUAGAAUCCAAUUUCUUCUCGCGAGCAAUGAGAAGGAGCGGCAACGUUACGCGGCCGAAAAGCUGCGAAUUCAGUCCACGGCACAGGCUAUCAAGGAUAAUACGGCUGAAUUGAGAGUACAGCUGGAAGAAGCACAAAAAACUCUUGCACUACGUAAGACCUACGAUGACCUGGCGGAGAAGAUUACGUCGAAUCGAUUGCUCCGGCCCAGAGAGGACCAGGAAGCAAAUCUUCAGAAGCUACAUGCGGAAAUUGCACAACUAGAACAGGAAAGCAAAGAAUAUGCUCAGACAUGGGGGGAGCGUAGAGAGCAAUUCGGUAGAAUCGUUGAGGAAGGAAUGAAUCUUCGACGGCUAAUUAGGGAUGAGAAGGAGGAAGUGGAGAGGAGGGAGGGUAUGGAGGAAGGCGAGGAUGGUGACGAAGGCGAUGUUGGUUCUAAGGGGAAAGGUAGCGCGGUGGGAACCCCAAAGCAGGAUCAAGACAGCGUAACUCCUUCGCAUGCUGUCCAUGAAGAUUCGGGUCUCAUCCCACCUGCGAACAAUAUCGAGAAACAUCGACCAGCUGGGACUGGCAGCGCGACACCACUGCGGCAAGCGAUGAGUGCGUCGUCGAUUGAUGGAAAGCCGCCCAUUCAGGAACUGGAAGAUGAGAAUAUGAUGGAUGAAGGGGAGGUUACGGGGGAUGAGUCGGUGCCGCCAGAGACAACAGCUAGCGGAACAAGGUCUGGAUCAAGAACUGCGGAGACUUCACAGGAUGGGAGGCUGGGAGACAGGAUGGAUACCACUUAG